AUGAUGGUCGAGGAGCAGGCGCAGAAGCCCGUGCUGGCUACGGUCAAGCAGGAGCUUCAGGGCAGGGCGGUCGAGCCUCUUCUUCCUGUUGCAGCCGAAGGUCAAAUCGACAUGCCGAACACAGCAACAGCAGCGGUAGCUACAGUCAAGACGGAGCCGGUCAAGACGGAGCUUCUAGGUGACUCGAGCCAGACGAAGGAGUCCGCACUGGAGCUUCCGCGCGAGGUGUUGCAGUACGCGCCACUGCUUGUUGGCAAGUACUACAUUCGAGACAAGCACGCGGUCUGGUCAGGAAUAUGGGGCAUGAAUGAAGCCGCGUUUGGGCCGAGUGGAAUCACGAGCAUCUUUGAAAUGAGGUCGCAGGAAGAUGUUGCCAUUCCCGUUUGUUCAGGUACCGCCGACGUCGUACACCCAGCAAUGGCGACUUUGGCACUUGCGCGGUCGUCUCGGACAUCAAAUGCAGCUGCGUGUGAGGUGUCGCCGGUGUAUUGGGGCUACGAGACGGAUGCCGAGGUGCGAUCGGCAAUGCCUUUUGAUGGAAAGUAUAGCGGCUCGUUUCAGAUUCAAGCGAUGAAGGGAAAACCGCAGACUGUGACUGAGCAUGACGUGGAGAUUCGCUUCGUGCACGACAUUGGCAAUCCGUCGCAGUUUGUCGUUUUUGGCUCGGGGGAGAAUCGCUUUGGUCAGUUCACGCUGCAUGGGCGCUUGGCAAAGGAGACGAAUGAGCUCAGGCUUUACAAAGUUUACAAGCCAAAGGAUCCUGUCAAGCGAGCACUUCCGCGACGUGCACGAGCAGUGCGAGCAUCGAUACCGGCCAAGCGCGAAGCGAAAGCUUUGUCGAUCUCGGCGCCAGGCGUCGCUGCCAUUGUGCCAUCUGUGGAUGUCACCAAAAGCGCGAUUCCUUCAGCAACUCCGGCUCUCAUCGCCCCACGCAAGGUUAGCACCCCAAGGUUAGAGUAUGCGUCUCCGUCGUUGAUACUAGGCCGCUCGGAACGUAAACGGUCGAUUCCUGCGCAUCUCCGCGAAGACAACAUUCUUGAGUUCGACCAUGCGCCGAUGAGCAUGAAGAAGUGCUUCAGUGUUCUAAAGGGUCUGAUGUCGAAUCCCAAGUCGGCGCCUUUUAUGGUUCCCGUUGAUCCAGUCGCUUUGGGCAUUCCCGAUUAUUUUCACGUAAUCAAAGACCCCAUGGAUCUCGGCACUAUUCGGAACAACCUGGAGAUGGGGUUUUACGAUAGUCCAACUGAAUUCGCAGACCACGUGAGACUGGUAUUCCAGAAUGCAAUGCUGUAUAAUGCAGCACACAGCCAAGUACACAUAUAUGCAACCAAGCUAAUGGAUGACUUUGAAAAGCGGUACAAGGGUCUCAAUGUGAAACUGUCCACUAAGAGUAAAUAUCCGGACUUGAAGUUGAAGAAGGAUCGAAAGGUGGAUGCGGCUUUCUCGUCGAAAAAGAUACGAGGCGGCAAAGGCACAAAGGGUAACACCAAACGACGUGGUCAUGAUACCGGGUUGAUAAUGUCGCUCAAGGAAGAUAUUGAACGCUUGAAGGCGACGCUAGAGCAGCUGCAACCUGGAAUGGCGAAGGGGGGUUCCUGCAAGCUCUCUAAGACCGUCACAAGACCUUUUAAGAUGGAAGACUUGACAGAGGAGGAGCUGAAUGAGCCGAUGAGUCAUUUGGAUAAGGCGCGCUUGAGUUCCGAUAUCAAAUUGCUUCCACAGGACAAGAUCAAUCGUGUUCUUCAGAUCAUUGCAGAGGCUGUUCCGGUAGCGAAGCUGGCUAACGAGAAUGAUGAAGUAGAGUUAGACAUCAAUGCGUUUGACACUCGGUGCUUGCGAAUGCUGGAGGGAUAUGUUAGGGAAAAUGGGAUUGGUCGGAAGCGGAAGCGUCCUGCUAAAAAGGCCAAGCUGGCACCCGCCGAGAAGCGACUCAAGUCUGCUGAGGUGGCGGCACUGAACAUCCAACACCGCCAGGAGGAACUUCGGAGUCAAUUGGCUGCGAUUGAUGGCGGUGGUGCAAGUGUGGGGCAAUCGACGCCUGGGAAUGCUGGCGACCAACGUUCAGACCAGGAUGUCACGAAGGACGUACAAGCUGACACAGAUGGUGCGAAAAAGGGCGGCGACAGCUCUUCGGGCAGUUCGUCCAGCUCUUCUGAGUCAUCGGACUCGGACAGUGAUAGUGAUAGUGAAUCGGACUCGGACGAUGGCGGCGCUCCUCUUGAAAGGUCUCCGCCACUUGCGAGUGCCCCGAGUUUGUCACAGCUCGACCCUUCCGCUUCGGUUUAUGCUGUGGAUGCUGCUAAGAAGAUUCGUGAUGAGCAGCUAGCGAGCUCAGAGCCCCUUCGUGUGGAAAACCGGGGUGCUUGGAGUAUGCUGGCCAAAAAAGAAACUCCGAACGGUACGCCGCUGUGUCACUCAAAUGGCGGUAGCCAGUCGAGUUCUUUGUGGCUAUCGGCGCGCUCGAUGGAACAGAUCAAGCAGCAGAAAAUCCAGCAAAAAGAGAAGGAGCGCACGGAUGAGCUGGAAGCUUUGAAACGCCGCGAGAGUGAGCAGCGCGAUAAAGAGAAGGAGCGUGAGCAGGCUGAGCGGCGGAAACAAGAGAUGGAGCAGCUGGCAAAGUUUGCUGAAGAAAAACGCCUUCGAGAGGAGCGUGUUCGUGAUGCGGAGCGCGUGCGUCUUGCCCAGCUCGCGAUGGAACAUGAGAAGCUGGUCCGUGACGACGAUGUUGAGCUGCACGACGCUACGCUGAGCGAGGAUCUAGACGCAUUCAGCUCAUCUUCUUUUUUGUAG